AUGUCAAUAGCUUUGUUGCCCGGUCCAAAACUUGCGGGGAGUUGCGAUCAGCUCAUAUAGGUCAAGAAGUCACUCUCUGUGGAUGGAUUCAAUAUAAGAGACAUGAACAGUUUGUAGUUUUGAGAGAUUUCCAAGGACUAACACAAAUACUCAUACCUCAGGAUGAGGCUGCUUCCCAUUUGAGGAAACUCUUUUCCGAUGCUCCAGUUGAGUCUGUUGUGCGAGUUACUGGGAUUGUUAUUCCCCGGCCUCCUGGACAGGAGAACCCUAAAACUGAAGCACUGCGAAUGAAGUAUCGUUAUUUGGACUUAAGAAGUAUUCAGAUGCAGUAUAAUCUCCGGCUGAGAUCCCAGGUGGUGAUGAGAAUGCGAGAGUAUCUCUGUAAUCAUUAUGAUUUUGUGGAUAUAGAAACGCCAACACUAUUUAAGAAAACACCAGGAGGUGCAAAAGAAUUCGUGGUGCCUUCCCGGGAAGCUGGAAAGUUCUACUCACUUCCUCAGAGUCCUCAGCAGUUUAAACAGCUCCUAAUGGUAGGAGGUCUGGACAGAAAUAUCUACAGUUUAAAGAUUUGGAGUCCUUAAAAGAAUUAUCAAAAUCCCAAUUUAAUCAGUUUAUAUCCUGUUUGAUUUUGAAUGGCAAUAUGAAGUCGCCACUUGGGAAAUUCCUUAGUGAAGAGCAAAAAGCAGAGCUUAUCAGAACAGUUAAGGCCAAUGUGGAGGAUGUGGUGUUGCUUGCUGCUGGCCAACACAAAAAGGUGUGCUCUGCAUUAGGAAAGCUACGCUUGAAGAGUGCUGAACUUCUGGAAGCCAAAGGCCUGUUACUUCGUGAUCCUUCUGCCUUUCACUUCCUCUGGGUGGUAGAAUUCCCACUUUUCCUCCCAAAAGAAGAAAAUCCCGAAGAAUUAGAAGCUGCUCAUCAUCCUUUCACUGCUCCACAUCCUUUGGACGAGCAUCUUCUCUACUCAGAUCCCAGACAGGUUAGAGGUCAGCAUUAUGAUCUGGUAUUGAAUGGUAAUGAGAUUGGAGGUGGCUCUAUUCGAAUCCAUAAUGCAAAGCAGCAGCGUUUCAUACUUGAGACAGUUUUGAAGGAGAACACUGAGCUGCUUCAUCACCUCCUUGAAGCUCUGGAGUGUGGUGCACCCCCACAUGGAGGAAUUGCACUAGGGCUUGACAGACUGAUUUGCCUUCUAGUUGGAGGUUCGAGCAUUCGCGAUGUCAUUGCUUUCCCUAAAUCUUUCAAGGGAAGAGAUUUGAUGAGCAAUGCUCCAGAUUAUGUCGACCCACAAGAGCUUGAGCCGUAUCAUGUGCAGGUUACAUGGCCCUUGACAGAAGCUAAAGCUAGGACUAACUGAGAAUUAUUUAUUCGUCACAAAUCUUAGCAAAGACACUAAAUUUGUCACUAGUGAACAGAUUAUCCAUUUUAUUGUGGGAAAAGAGAACUGUUGAAAGAAUCAAAGGCAUCCUUCAUUAAUACUGUACAAUGAAAAUUUAUUUUGUGUCACCUUUGUAAAUAUGGAAUCAUCACAAAUAUGAAGCUUUUCUAUAUUUGUAUAUCUGAAGUACAAUAAUGUUAUGUUCAAAAGACAGCAUGUCCUAUUACUAUUUAAGAUUUUUAAGAUUUUAACUUUAUUUAUAUGCCGCCCUUUUCCCUGAGGGGACUCAGGGCGGCUCACA